UAUUUCCAUACAUAUCGAGCCGUACGUCAAUGGAAGGAAGGAAGGUUUUCAGGUGCAAAUUUUUUAUAAAUAGACUUUGAAAUCCAGUUUUGUUGAUAAUUUUAUUAUAUAUAGUUAUAAUAAUAAGUAUGACUAGUUUGACGAUUCAUAGUAGUAAUUCAAUUCCCUAUCCUGUGGUUAUUGCGAUAGGGGUGGUGAAUUCCAUUCAUGAAAAUACAAUUUCAGUUUCUCAUGUUAAGUCCACCAAUGACUCAUUAAUUCAAUUAGUAGUGUAUGAAGGAGAUCCUCCUAUUAUUGGUCAAUUGGAUAUUUUGAAUUAUUUAUCCAAUACUUAUCCCAACAUUCUUCGAAACUUCACUGAAUCCGAAAAUUGGAUAAACUUUGCUAUUGAUAAACUCACCAAUAAGAACUUUUCUCAAUUAUCAACUUCAUUAGAGGAAUUAAACCAUAAUCUCAACUUUAGAUCAUUAAUAAUUGGUAAUGAUUUCUCAUUGGCAGAUAUUGUUGUAUGGGGUUCAUUAAGAUCUAAUGGAAUGAUGGUUUCAAUCCUUAAGAAUCAAGUCUAUCUAAAUAUCUCGCGUUGGUAUGCUUACUUAGAAACCCAACUUAACCCUCUCGUUGAACAAUUUAAUAAACUAAAGCAACAACAGCAACCUUCUAAGGGUCAACCUCACAAGGCAUCAAUGGCCUUUGGUUUAGAUAAUACAGAGGUUGGAAAAGUAGUUACCAGAUUCUUACCGGAACCUUCAGGAUACUUACAUAUUGGUCAUGUUAAGACUGCCAUUUUGAAUCAAUAUUUAGCUCAAAGUUAUAAAGGGAAAUUGCUUAUCCGAUUCGAUGAUACUAAUCCUGAUAAAGAGUCUAUGGAAUUCACUAAUGCCAUCGUCGAUGAUUUACAAUUAUUAGGUAUAAAAGGUGAUGCUACAAGUUAUACAUCUGAUCAUUUUGAUGAACUUUAUGAAUAUGCCAUCAAAUUAAUCAAAAAGGGGUUAGCUUAUUGUGAUGAUACACCAGUUGAAAAGAUGAGAGAAGAAAGAAUGGAAGGGGAAGAAUCAAUUCAUAGAAAUAGAUCGAUCGAAUCAACGUUACAAAUCUUUACUCAAGAAAUGAAAAACGGUACGUCAAUCGGAUUAUUAAAUUGUUUAAGAGCUAAAAUUGAUUAUAAAAAUCCUAAUAAAGCAUUAAGAGAUCCUGUCAUUUAUAGAUGUAAUUUAACUCCUCAUCAUAAAAUCGGCACCACUUGGAAAAUGUACCCCAAUUAUGAUUUUUGUGCACCAGUAGUUGAUUCAAUCGAAGGUGUGACUCAUGCAUUAAGGGCCAAUGAAUAUCGUGAUCGUAAUCCUCAAUAUACUUGGUUUUUAGAAUCCCUUGAUUUAAGAAUCGUUACCAUUUUCGAUUUUGGGAAAAUUAAUUUCGUUCGAACUGUAUUAUCGAAACGGAAAUUAAAAUGGAUUGUUGAAAAUGGUUAUGUUAAUGGUUGGGAUGAUCCAAGAAUGCCUACUGUUAAAGGAGUUAUGAGAAGAGGUAUGUCUAUUGAAGGACUUCGUAAUUUUAUUCUUUCUCAGGGUGCUUCUAAAAAUAUUAUUAACUUAGAUUGGUCAUUGAUUUGGGCUUUGAAUAAGCAAGUAAUUGAUCCCAUUGCUCCUAGAUUUACUGCUAUUCAAAAUAAUGAUGUGGUUACAGUUGAGUUGAUAUCUCCAACUGCAAUUGAACCAACGUUAGAAGAUAGACCCAAGCAUAAAAAGAACCCAGCACUUGUUUCAAAAUCAGUGGUAUUUUCUGAUAAGAUCCUUAUUGAACAAAUUGAUGCUGCUAGUUUUGAAGUAGGUGAAGAAAUAACUCUUAUGGAUUGGGGAAAUAUCGUCAUUAAACAUAUUGAAAUCAAAGAUGGGAAAGUUACUCUGAUUCGAGCUUUAUUACAUUUGGAAGGAGAUUUCAAGAAAACAUCAAAGAAAAUCACUUGGUUAAGUGAUACCAAUGAUAAAGUAAAAGUUGAUCUUUUUGAAUUUGAUUAUUUAAUCACAAAAGAUAAGAUUUUAGAUACCGAAAAUUUUCAAGACUUUUUAACCCCUAUAACCGAAUUUAAAAAAUCAGCAUGGGCGGAUUUGAAUGUCAAACAACUCCGUAAAGGUGACAUAAUUCAAUUUGAAAGAAAGGGUUAUUAUCGUGUAGAUCAACCAUUUGGAUCAGAUCAACCGGUGCUUUUGUUUUUAAUCCCUGAUGGAAAGAAACUGAAGACCCUUAGCAAGUAGAUAUAAGUAAGUAGUAAGAACGAAUAAAUGGUAUCUAAAGCAUAGAAUAGAAUCAUU